AUGCAUCUCCAACAUGUACCAGCAUUUCUAUUGCUCUUGUCUAUAUCAAGGCUCAACCAUGCAAGCCCGAAUGAGGAUACCCUCCUCCGCCGACAUACAGAAAUCGAAGCGCGAUUUGCAGACUCGCCCAUCCAAGGCGUUCGGAAGAUGAGCGAGGACGAAGGAGAGAAAUUUUUCUUCGAAUACUGGCAAUUCGAACAGGCUUUGGACAGUACAACUGGGAAUCUUUCCUCUAAUGCGGAAGUGGAGAGUCGGUCUUUGGAUCAGGACUGGGACGAAGAGACUGGUUCUUCACCAGUCGAAGGCCAGGUCCUCGCUCGUUCGCAUCCACUCACAUCUUCUUUCUCUGGCGUCGCGGACCCUGGCUUUGACCUGCGCAACCUCUUUGGACGGGAUUUCAAGUGUCCGACUGGGACGGAUGCAUGUUUGAGUAUCAAUCGGUCUGAUCGCUGCUGCGGGACUGGCGAUACUUGUGAAGUGAUUCAUGAUACGGGCCAUGGAACUGUGGGGUGUUGUCCCAAGGGGCAGAGCUGCUCUGGGAGAAUUGGGUCCUGUCAGAGUGGGUAUACGGCUUGUUCGAAGGCGUUGGGUGGGGGGUGCUGUAUUCCGGGGUUCGCGUGUGUAGAGGGUGGAUGUGCAUAUACCUCGGUGGUUACAGUGACAGAGGAUAACACAGUGACGACUUCUACAAUCACCUAUUCGACUCGACCGCAGACUACCCACUCUGCAUCAACAGAGACUACAUCCACCGCGUCCACCGCAUCGACGAUAUCCACCGCAUCCACCGCAUCUACAGCCGAGUCCACCUCCACUGGCACGGGAACAGAUACUUUGGGUGCACCAGGACGCCCGAUCAUAUCAACGACAACGACUGGCACCCAUACAACGACCGGACGGACGGAUAUGUGUCCCACGGGGUUCUACGCCUGCUCCGCUGUUUACCAUGGCGGUUGCUGUCAAACAGGGAGGAAUUGCGAUACGACUUCGUGCCCGACAACCCAAUCCACCACUUUCACCUCGAACGGCGAGACUAUUGUGGUCCCGGUGGCUACAGGGGACUCGGGGUCACGGUCGCGCUCAGGGAAAUGUGCGCAGGGGUGGUUCCGCUGUGCAGAUACGGUAGGUGGGGGAUGCUGUCCGCAGGAAUAUGUAUGUGGUGCAAGUUGUACGGCGACGGGGUCGGCAGCGACAACAGUGGCGAAGGAGCAGCCGACGGGGGGAGCUCAGACGGUGCGAGUUAGUACGGUGAUGGCAAUGGUGUGGGUGGUGGUAUUUAUGUCCAUCGCCAUCAUGUCCGACACACAACAGAAGCCCCUCCCCUUCAUCUACCAAUUCGCCGCCGGUGCGGUGGCCGGUGUCUCUGAGGUACCCAUUGGACGUCGUCAAGACUCGAGUAGCGGUACCCCCGUUCCCGGCGCCGAGCACUACAAUGGCAUGUUCGACUGCUUCCGCAAGAUCAUCAAGCAGGAGGGUUUCUCGCGCCUGUACCGCGGUAUCUCUGCUCCCAUCUUGAUGGAGGCUCCCAAGCGUGCGACCAAGUUCGCCGCUAACGACAGCUGGGGUACCUUCUACCGCGGCGCAUUCGGCGUCACCCAGCAGACCCAGUCCCUGGCCAUCCUGACUGGCGCCACAGCCGGUGCCACCGAGGCCUUCGUCGUUGUUCCCUUUGAGCUGGUCAAGAUCCGUCUGCAAGACAAGGCCUCUGCAGGCAAGUACAACGGCAUGCUGGAUGUCGUCAAGAAGAUCGUCCAGCAGGAGGGCCCUCUGGCCAUGUACAACGGUCUGGAGUCCACCCUGUGGCGCCACAUCCUGUGGAACGCCGGUUACUUCGGUUGUAUCUUCCAGGUCCGCGCGCAAAUGCCCAAGCCCGAGCCCGGUAACAAGAGCCAGCAGACCCGUAACGACCUGAUUGCCGGUUCCAUUGGUGGUAUCGCUGGUACGAUCCUCAACACCCCCAUGGACGUCGUCAAGUCCCGUAUCCAAAACACUACCAAGGUUCCCGGACAGACUCCCAAGUACAACUGGGCCUGGCCUGCCAUUGGCACCGUCAUGAAGGAGGAGGGCUUCGGUGCGCUGUACAAGGGUUUCAUCCCCAAGGUGCUGCGUCUCGGACCCGGUGGUGGUAUCCUGCUCGUGGUAUUCACUGGUGUGAUGGACUUCUUCCGGAAGAUGCGCGAGGAGAAGUAA